AUGGAUCCUAAUACCAAGUUGAAGAAGUCGGAUGUUGAUUUGUUGAAAGAUCCCUCUUCUUAUCGUCGAUUGAUUAAGAAACUUCUCUACCUCAUCAUUACACGGCCAGAUAUAGUUUUUGCAGUUAAAAAACUAAGUCAGUUUGUAGCUUCUCCAUGUAAAACACACCUUGCAGCUGCUCAUCAUCUAUUAAGAUACUUGAAGUCAUCACCGAGGCACGGUAUCUUGAUAUCUCCAACAAAAACUCUUAGAUUGCAGGCUUUUUCAGAUUUUGAUUGGGCAUCUUAUUCUGACACAAGAAAAUCCACUUCUGGUUUUUGUAUUUUCUUGGGAGACACUCUUGUUUCAUGGAAAUCUAAGAAGCAAAGUGUUGUAUCUCGUUCUUCCAUUGAAGCAGAAUAUCGAGCACUUGCCUCCAUGGCCUGUGAAAUUGUUUGGUUGACUUCUUUACUUAAAGAUUUGUGUUUCCCAAUUGUGCAACUAUGUAUAAUCUUUUGUGAUAAUCAAGCAGUCAUAUAUCUUGCUACUAAUCUAGCUUUUCAUGAGAGAACUAAGCAUAUAGAGCUUGAUUGUCAUUUUGUAAGAGAAAUUGUUGAGGGUUCUCUUAAACUUUUUCCUGUUCAAUCUAAGGGACAACUCGUUGAUAUUUUUACAAAGGCUCUACCUGCUCCUGCUUACUUUUCCAUUUUAUGCAAGUUGGGUAUAAUCAAUUUAUAUGGUCCAACUUGA